AACGUCGUGUAUAAUCGGUAGAAUCUCGCGAGAGUGACGAAAGAGGGAUCCCUUCUAGACUCGACCGAGACAUGUCGCCAUGAGCGUCCGCGAUGUUUUUCAGCUGAAAGUAACUCAUAUGAUGUGAUGACAAUGUAAAGAUACCAAUUUAGAUGUCACAAUGGACAGUUCACUUCAUUUUCUCUUACUCAUGAUGUAUUUGCUCUAUGCAGUAGGUUCCUCCAGCAGCUGUGUCAGAAUACUUCCAGACUCUGGUCAGAAGAUUCUAGUUGAAGUUGGAAAAGAGUUCACAGCGACCUGUCACCUGCUCAAGGGGUCCCGAUACACCGCCGACGACAUUGAAUGGUUGUUAGAAAAUAAAAGCAUUCCAAAGGAGAAAUAUUUUAAAAUAAAUGAAACGGCUGUCAGAGUUACAGUUAACAUCAGCAGUAAUGUGAACGGUUGGUUGAAGUGCAGAGCAGCUAAGGAGUCCUUGUCAUACGAAAUGCCAUGUCUGUACGGAAUCUCCCUUACUACCGGAUACCCUCCGUUGAUGCCAAAGAAUUUAACGUGCAUUGCUGUGCAAGAACACAAGGAAAUUUCCCCUAACUUCAAAUGUUCUUGGGAUCCAGGGACGCGACACCCACUGAUCGACACCACUUACACCCUUUAUGUCCAAGAAGUGUUUUUAGAAUAUAAAACUUCAGCACCAGAGACAUAUAGCUCCAUCUGUAAAGAGCAUCUUGCAAGCAGUUGUACGGUCUACCUGAGUACUUUUCCCCAUCUAAUGGAUUUGAGAGUGUGGGUGGAAGUGAAUAAUACACUGGGCUCAGCACGCUCAGAUGAGCUCGUGAGAGAUGCCUCAUAUUUUGUGAAACCAAAUCCACCAUUGGAUGUGCGAGUUCAAGGUGAGGUUAAUUUCUCCACGUCUCUGAUGGUUACUUGGAAACAUCCCAUCGAUGUGAACACUAUAGCACUCAGAUAUGUCAUCAGAUUCUGCCAAGCAGGCUCCAGCGUUUGGACCGAGGUGCCUGAGGACUUGAUGCAUGCCUACACAGAGUCAUUCAGACUGCAGUCCUUGCAGCCGUACACUGAUUAUGUGGUGCAGAUGCGAUGCAUUCACGAAAGCCAUAAAAGCUACUGGAGCGACUGGAGCGCAAAUGCUACAGAUCGCACCGCAGAAGCCAAGCCUGCAAGUCAUCCAGAUCUGUGGAGAAUCAUUCAGCCCACUGCUCAUAGUAGAAAAGUCACUUUAAUAUGGAUGGCUCCUGUGCAAUCUAAUGGAAAAAUACUGCGCUAUGAUCUAGAAAUCAGUCAAGACCAUGAGAUGUUUGAAAGACGAAUUGUCAGAUUAAAUGAAAUGGAUCAGAUCAGAUCACAUCAGACAUAUUCUAUGGAUGUGCCACCAAGAAAAGUGGCCGCUAUUGAAAUAACAGCAACAAAUUCAGCCGGAGUGUCACCUAAAGCAACUUUAUUCAUUCCCAGAUCAGAUCAAGAGCUUCCUGGCGUGCAGCACAUCAGCUGGUCGGUAGAUGAUGGACAGCUGCAGGUGGAGUGGCUGCACCCCCCUCCUGGCGGCCCGCGGGUCUCUGAAUAUCUACUGGAGUGGGUGAAAGUCCCAGAGGGAGAGUUUCAGUUAGAUAGACACUGGAAGAAAGUUUCUCCACACAUCAACAGCAACACACUGACCGAAUGGUUCUGGACUGGCCCCACUGACUUCCAUUGUGAUUUUAAGCCAUUCAAUCGGUACAACAUAUCAGUGUAUCCAAUGUACAGCCGUCGUUUUCAACGUUCCAACACGUCAUUCAGAUACAUCCAAGCAGGACGACCAGUUACCACAGCCGCCUACAUAAAACAAGGAUCGCCACUAGAAGGCCCUACUGCUAGGGUUACAAAACCCAAGAAAACCAGUGCCGAGGUGACAUGGGAGGAAAUUCCACUGGACAGUCAGCGAGGAUUCAUCACUGGCUACACCAUUUUCUAUAAGACAGGGAACAUUGAGAAAUCUAUGCAGGCAGAAGCUCAUCUCCGUUCAUGUGUGCUGACUGAUCUGACCAGUGAAAGUGAUUAUGUUGUUCAUGUCAUGGUGUCAACAGUAGCAGGCACCAAAAAUGGCUCUGAUUUCAAUUUCAAAACGGCAAAGUACGGUGAUGGAGAGGUCGAGUUGAUCGUGGUGGUGGUGUGCUUCAUCUUCCUGUUCCUCACCGUCAUCAUUAUCAUAUUCUGCCUUCGGAAAAGAGAAGUGAUUAAGAGGCUGUUGUGGCCGCGUGUCCCGGACCCCAAUGACAGCUCUAUUGCCCACUGGUCACCUGAUUUCUCUGUAAAGCAGACCGAUUUACCCAAAGAAGACGUUAGUGUGGUGGAAGUAGAUGUGUUUGACGGGAAGUCUUUAUUUGAGGAAGACAAAGUUGUGCUGCCACUCAAGAAGGACAAAUAUCUGUCUGAGGAGCACAGCAGCGGUAUCGGUGGCUCAUCCUGUAUGUCGUCGCCCCGCCACAGCGUGUCAGACAGUGACGAUGGUGACUCAGGCCAGACCAUGGCCAGCACCGUGCAGUACUCGGCCGUAGUGGCAAGCGGCUACAAGGGCCAGACCCCUGACCAUCAGGCGCCUGUGUUUGCUCGCUCGGAGUCCACCCAGCCCCUCCUGGAUUGUGAGGAACAUACAGAACAUCUGUACGAAGGCAGCAGCCAGUCUAGAAACUCUUACUUUAGGCGAGGCAGAGGACUCGAGCUGGCCGAUGGCGAGGAACCAAACAGGAGUUCUCUGACUUUCUGUCCAAACAAGGAACAGGUGUUUCCUAUCGUAGAGGAUCCGGCCGUCUCCACGUCAAGUUACAUGGCACAGCAGAAUGGCUAUCGUCCUCAAUAAAGAGAAACAUUCAUACAGACAGGCUCAUCUCAGUUUUGAAAACACCUUCAGCUAUCUGUCAGGGUUCCCACAGAUUUGGAAAACCUGUGGAAAAAUAGUUUUAAAAUCAUGUAAAAUAUUUCAUCUGCAAGAUAUUGCUCUUGUGAGGAUAAAACUUGCUCAAAAGCCAUAGCCAUAAUGUUGGAUGUUGUGAGCAAAUUGUUCUUUCAAGUCAGUUAUUUUUGGUCAGACCAGUUCAGAACACCUUCUGAAUGAUUCAUUAGUGAAUCGGUCUGAAUCAAAAUGAUUUUUAAAAUUCCCAAAUAAUCACAAUGACUAGAAUCAUCAUGGAAAAGUUGUGAAAAUGUCUUUGCCAUUGCUGGAGUGUCUCCUCAAGCUUGCAGAGGUUCGUGGUUAGUGAACAUUUUGAGGUGACAUGCAGCUUUAACACUUCCAUUGUAGACAACUUAAAGCUGUUGCAGUGUGACAAAAGUUGUUUUUCACACGGUUUUACUUUCAGAACAACUAUUUACUCCUUGAUAUGAAAUCAAUGAAACUGACCAUUGUUACACAUUUCCUGUAUCCAGUGGCUGAAUGUAUCAUGUGUUUCUUAAUGUCUUGCCCUCCCUUUAAAUGUUCCAGUAACAUACAUGCACAACUCUUUAAAAAGGUGUUAAAGAAUUUACUAUUGAAUUGUGAAUUUUACCACAAUUUGCCUAAUUGAGAUAUUUUGUCAUAUGCCCUUACUCGUCAAAAUAUUUCAACUAUUUUAAGUGUAAAAGUUGUUUUAUGCAAUUUUAUGUAAUUUUCAGAUAGUAAGACAAACCUGAUGGUUUAAAAAGUGUAUUUGACAGGUUAGAGCUGAACGAAUGUAAUUGACCGUUUAGUAAAUGGCAAUCUGCGGAAAGUAUUUUCACUACUAUUACAGUAUUAUGAAUAUUAAUAUUUUUAGCAACAUACGACAGAAUGUCAUUUCAAGUCUAGCUCCAGUUAUUGACAACACUGUCAAGUUUCUUGGGAUUUUGUUUCCCCAACUGGGACAAAUCUAACACUACACUGCAUUAUCAACUAAGAAAUGCAUAUCUCUUUCAGUGCAUGCCUUUUUACAUGUAUCCACUCUUGUGUAUAUCACAAAUACUGAGUUAAAUAAAGACUUUAUAUGCAAA